AGUAUGUCUGCUCCCAGGACCCGCCAGGCACUGCACGCUUCCUGCCGUCACCAUGCAGUCAGAUGAUGUUAUCUGGGAUACACUAGGAAACAGACAAUUUUGUUCCUUCAAAAUAAGAACCAAGACUCAGGGCUUCUGCAGAAAUGAAUAUAACCUGACAGGACUAUGUAAUCGGUCAUCCUGUCCCCUGGCAAAUAGUCAGUAUGCCACUAUCAAAGAAGAGAAAGGACAGUGCUACUUGUAUAUGAAGGUUAUAGAACGAGCAGCUUUUCCUAGGCGUCUCUGGGAACGGGUCCGGCUUAAUAAAAACUAUGAGAAAGCAUUGGAGCAAAUAGAUGAAAACCUAAUUUACUGGCCCCGUUUCAUUCGACACAAAUGUAAGCAGAGAUUCACCAAGAUCACCCAGUACCUAAUUCGCAUUAGAAAACUUACACUAAAGCGACAGAAGAAACUCGUUCCUUUGAGUAAGAAGGUGGAGCGUAGGGAAAAAAGAAGAGAGGAAAAGGCAUUAAUAGCUGCUCAGCUGGACAAUGCCAUUGAGAAGGAAUUACUGGAAAGACUGAAACAAGAUACGUAUGGCGACAUCUACAACUUCCCCAUUCAUGCCUUCGACAAGGCUCUGGAACAACAGGAGGCAGAGAGUGAUUCUUCAGAUGCUGAGGAAAAAGAUGAUGAAGAUGAUGAUGAAGAUAUGGGAAAACGGGAAUUUGUGGAAGAUGAUGAGGUGGAUGAGAGUGACAUAAGUGAUUUUGAGGAUAUGGAUAAACUGGAUGCCAGCAGUGAUGAAGAUCAGGAUGGUAAAAGCUCCAGUGAGGAGGAAGAAGAAAAGGCCCUUAGUGCGAAACACAAAGGCAAGACACCCUUGAAAGGACCUUUCCAGAGAAAACGAGCAUAUGUAGAGAUCGAGUACGAGCAGGAGACAGAGCCCGUGGCCAAGGCCAAAACCACGUGAUUUCCCUUCAAACAUUGAUACAAAGGACUGACCACUUGGAACUUUUUUUUUUUUUAAUCUUAAACACAUUUUUGCUCUUUUGUGUUGUAUUUAACACAGUAUUUGUGUUUCUAAUAUUUAUGCCACUUCAGUGGGGCAAGAAAUCUGGAGUGGAAGAAAAGCCCUAAGAUGCGAAUAGAAUAUUUUUAUAACAUAUGUGUUGAAGUAACAGCUUGAGCCCAAUAAGCUUAGCAGAUGAGUUCUUGAACCUGGGAUGGGACUGAGGGUGUAAAUAUUUCUAAAUAUUAAAUGCGAAAUUUCUUGGUAUCUU